GCUCCUGACUCACUGAGUCAUUUCCUUCCAGCUCGGAGCGGCCGGCCGGUACCGGCCACUUUCAGUGGGUUCGCUGGGAAGUUUGGGCUGCAGUUUGAAUGUUCUUUGUCAGGAUUUAGGGAAGUUUGAUUCGCUGCCUGCGCGAUUCCCGGGAAUUCCGCGGCUUGAAGUUUGGAACAUUUUGCCUGACUUUUCCUGGCGGGAGAAUCAAUCUGCAGGAUUGGGGGAGAGGGAGGAUGAACAGCUCAGUCUGGGUGGGUUUGUUUCUCCGCUACCUGGUUCUUGUUCGAGGGCUGCCUGUACAUGAGAGGCAUGUUACAGCUGGGCUCCCAACGGCUGAUAUAUCGUCUACACGAGAAGAAAUGGUGGAGGUUGAGGAAGAGAACCAGGGAGACCAGGUCAGGAAUGGAUUGACUCAAGGCAAUCGGACCAUUCGAGAUGUUCAUUGCUCAAUGGAAGGCUAUUACCCAGUCACACCCAAGCUGUGUUGUCAGAAAUGCCCUGCAGGAACCCAUGUGGCUGAAUACUGUAAGAAACCUUACACCCUUGGAAAGUGUAACAAUUGUACGGAAGGAGAGGAAUAUACUGAGUGGCCCAAUGGACUGGAUGAGUGCCUGCAUUGCCACUCUUGUAGGAAAGAUGAGGAGGUGGUGUCUCAGUGCACCAGACAGAAAAACACAGUGUGUCAGUGUGAAGCAGGAAGAUUCUGUUUGGCUAACCAGUCCUGUGAGAUGUGUCAGAAAUGUAAAAAGAGCUGUCCGGAAGGUCAGAUUGUGAAGGUUAAAUGUUCCCGAACAUCAGAUACCGUGUGUGGAAGGGCAGAAACCUCCACAGCAACGCUGUCGGCAGCUGCCAUCGGUGUGAUUGUGGUGUUGCUGGUUAUGCUGAUUUUUCUGUGUGUCUCUCUGAUCAUUUGCCACAAGAAGACUGGAUGCAAGGAACAAUUUCACACGAUCCAUUCGAUAGUUAACAAAUGGCUGCGCAAACCGGACUCUGCAGUUACAGAUCCUGGAAGUGAAGCUUUGGAGGAAGAGCACCUGCCGCAGGAUACUGGAAGCCAGGCUCAAAGAAGGGGAGCAGUUGAAUGUGGAGGCAAUGAGAGGAUGGACAAUGAGAGGAUGGACAAUGAGAGGAUGGACAAUGAUGCCAACGAAGCUCUGAAUGAGAGGGAGGCUUUACUGCAGAACAGCCCGAAUGCCUUCGCAGAAUUUCAAGCUGAAACCCCUGUGCUGAGCCCAUCGCAUGCUGGGUCACCCUCCGGCUCAGGGGCUGACCCUCUGAUGGUGCGACCCGAAGAGACUGACCCCAAUGAUCCGAGGGAAAAUCCUCAACCUUUUCAGAUGGUCGAAGAAUUUCCUGAUAGCGAAGGCCUGAGGCAGAGUUUCUCCUUGUUUGUUGAUGUGGUCCCUAUCGUAAGGUGGAAGGAGUUCAUGCGGAGGCUUCAGCUGACUGAAAACCAGAUCGUAGAGGCGGAUCGCAAUAAUGCGCACAAUGUUAAGGAAGGACAUUAUCAGAUGCUUCAUACUUGGCUUCAGAAAGCAGGUAACAGAGCCUCGAUUAAGGCUCUGCUGCAGACCCUAUAUGAAAUGGACCUGGUGGCUGCAGCUAAUGAAAUAAGCCUAUCCAUACUUGGUAAGGGAAGCAAAGAGCACUGAAUGUUCGGGAUGAUUUUGCUGACGGUUUGAACAGAGAUACAGGAAUGUUGGAUGAGUCCUCCAGUAGCCAGGACUGGCUGGGACCUCACUGUGGUUUGAGGUUGGACCGACUGUUUCACCCCUGGAGAAAAACAAUGGAUUCUGAGCUCAGUGACUCAAAAGACAAAGACUGCAAAAUGGUCCUGAUUCUACAGUUCCUCUGGUUCACUGUCUGCAUUCCUGAUCUUUCAAUCAAAUUCAGCACAGGGCAGCAAUGCCCAGAGGACCUUCUAUAAGUUGAAGGAUGUGCUUUGUAUUUAAUGCUAUUUUUUAAUAAAAGGUAUAUUAGAUUGUUAAACAGA